UCCUCCCAUUCUCAGCGUGGCGAUCGGCGGUGCGCUGUGUCCCUCGGACACAGCGGAUCACCGAUCCACGGAAAGAGCCGAAGAUGUCGGCUCGGUCAUAUGAUCAGCUGUGUCCAAUCACAGCUGAUCACAUGGGACAUGUACACUGAUCGACAGGGCUCUGAUGAUCAGUGUGCCUUGAUGAUCAGUGUAGCCGCAGCAGCGCCACCUGUCAGUGUCCAUCAGUGCCACAUAUCAGUGCCCAUCUGAGCUGCCUUUCAGUGUCACCCAUCAAUGCCAAUCAGUGCCACCUAUCAGUGCCAGUCAGUGCCGCCAAACAAUGCCAGUCAGUGCCGCC